GUGGUGCAUCAUGUUGGGUCGCGCGCGGUGUCAGUAAACCUGUGUCAGUAAACCCGGUCCCUCGGAGAGCUCAGCCGUCGGAUUGAAACUGGUAGUUAACUGGUCGUUAUUAACAUGGUCAUCGAUAAAAGUGCUGUUCUGGGAUGCAUAGGAUAGUUGUAAUUAAAUUAAGUUCAUAGAAACUGUAGGCCACCUAAUAAUCUUCGAUGUGAUGACCUCAAUAACAACUCCGAUGAUAACCGGCUUGGUCUAUGACAGAGCCUGAAGAGGACUCCAUGGACAGCUGUUCUGGCACAUUACACAUCACACCGGAGAUGGACUAAACCCAGAUAGCCUCAGUCAACACUUUCUCUGCACUAUAGACAUCACCUCAUCUGACAUGAUCCAAGCUCUAAAUAAGGAUGCUGCGACAGCCAGUGGAUGGAUUAAUGCCAGCGAGACUGAGUGGGGUGUAGUCCAUGCUAACCAUGGGAAGUGAGCCGCCACAAGCCGUCGCCAGGCUGUUUGCCUGGGUAAAUGGCAUGUCCAAGUGUGAGCUGAUUGAGCUGAAAGACCUCAGCCUGAAUGAUCGCAUAGAGCUGGCACCAGACCCACCAGCCUCUCUGCCCCCAGCAGCGCCCCUGACCCCCAGGCAGAUGAGAGCUCCGGAGAGGCCCAGCCACGUGGUCCGGCUGGUGGGGGACAGUGUGAGUGUUGAGGGGCCCUCGUGGUUCACAGGUCAGGUUGGAAAGGGACAUGACUUCCAGCCCUGCAGUUAUACCCAGAUCAGCUGGUGCGAUUUGUGUGGUGAAUUCAUCUGGGGCCUUUACAAACAGAGCCUGAGCUGUGCUAACUGCAGUUACACCUGUCACUUCCAGUGUCGACCGUUUAUCCAGUUGGAUUGCAGCACCGAUAGUAGACUCCUCACUACCGACCAAACAGAUGUUUCUGAAGACACCGUAGAGACAGACACUAACGUGGAUGUGAUUGAACCUAUUGACUGGGGGAAACAAGUGCUGUCUGUCGGUGACAUCCAGCAGAAGGUGAAGGAAUAUAAUGCGCAGAUCAACAGCAAUCUCUACAUGGUGCUGAACCGAGACGGAUCCUACACUGGCUUCAUCAGGGUCCUUUUUAAGCUGACUCGGCCCGUGUCACUCCCACCCCCUCGGAAGGCGUCUUCACCACAGGAAGAGGGACAACAGGAGGGGGGGCUUAAGCACCGGACAUCUUUCUACCUCCCCAAAGACACGGCCAAACACCUGCACAUAAGCUCCCAGACGCGGGCACGUGAGGUCAUAGAGGCCCUGCUCAACAAGUUCACCGUGGUGGACAACCCUGCCAAGUUUGCUCUGUUUGAGCGCAGCGAACGUGAAAACCAGAUAUACCUUCGUAAGCUGUCUGAUGACGAGAGGCCGCUCCACCUGCGUCUGUGUGCCGGACCCAAUGAGAAAGUCCUCAGUCUGGUGUUGAAAGAGAAUGAGACGGGGGAGGUCAAUUGGGAUGCAUUCAGCUUUCCUGAGCUGCGUAAUUUCCUGCGGAUCCUUCAGCGUGAGGAAGAGGAGCACGUCCGGCAGAUAGUCAAGCGCUACGCUCUGGCCAGGGAUAGGAUGAAGGAGGCCAUGGCCAGCAUCACCACCCCCGGCUGAUGUGAUGGCAUGAUGGGUGACAUCAUGGUAGAGAGGCAUUCACACUGUUGACCAGCGGCCACCAGGAGCAUGGCACACAAUGCCACUCUUGAGUUCAAAGUUCAAAUGUCUUUAGGGCUGACCCUGCUGUAGCAGAUAGAGCACAGCAACCCCUGCAGCUGUGAAGGGCAACUAGGGCCAAUAGGGGGUUAGGUAGGGGGCGACACCGGAAGUCAGAGAUCAAUCAUGAACACGUCUUUGAGACAGACAAGGUAAUAGCAGUGCAAGUUAGGAGAGAGAGUAGAGGUAUUUAGUGCAAACCAGUAGGCUACUGCUACAUGUUGUGUGGCCUGGAUUGGGCAUUACUGUGAAGGACAGGAGGAAGUUAUCUGAGGAAUGAGGACAGACGAUACUGUCAUUGACUGGACACCUAGGAGAUAUCCUGGUCUGGACACUGCUUAACUGGAGAACUGGAGUUUUUCACUGGGAACAUUGUAUGUUGCUGCUCAGUUGUUGUGGGAAGGAUUGGGUAAAUAAAGAUGUAACUGUAUUGAGCUGUUGUUACUCUCUCUGUUACUCAUAUUUCCCCUUUGUCGUUAAUAACGGGAUCCUUGAAUGUGUCUGACAUGUCAAUCUGUUGCAGACCAGGGUUGUGUUCAAUAGGGCAUAUUGCAGCAAAAUGUUUUGCAAUUGAAAACAAAAUUCUGUGUUCUUAUUGGGACAGUUUAGGUCUCUCCCCGUUUCAAAAAUGUUUUCUUCCUACUGAACAUGGCCCAGCUUUCUGGGAAGCCAUCUGCCCUAAUUACUCAGAGAAAUCAUGUGAACUUGUAAUUAGCCUGUAAUGCAUGUUUUACUAUGGGAAUGAAAUAUCCAGGGAACAGAAUCUGUUGUAAUGUGUUCAUACUUCCACUUCUAAUAAAAAUAUAACACAUGAACUACA